AUGAAGGAUCGACAACACGGACUAAACAAAAAUUCCAGCCGUUACAAAGCCAUGGCAGCGAAAUCCAGCACGUUCGCCACACUUCUGACCUCGGAUGAUUUCUUGAUGGCGGUUCAAGCACUGGCGGCAUCACUGCGGGCCAGCACUUUGCAACCACUGCCGCUGUUGGUUUUGCAUACAAGCCAAGUAUCCAAUGGUGUGCAAUCGCGACUGGCGACCGAUCCGUCAGUCCAAUUGCGGCUGGUAGACGCCAUACCGAAUCCUCACAAGACAGAUGUGUCCGGCUGGGCAAAUUCUGGUUUCACGAAGCUCCGCCUUUGGGAACAAGUCGAUUUCGCGAAGAUCGUGUAUGUCGAUGCCGAUUGCAUCAUAUUGGAAAACAUCGACGAGCUCUUUGCACGUUCCUGUCCUGCGUUCUGCCCUGACGUUUUUCCGCCCGACAAGUUCAAUGCGGGCGUGAUAGUGUUGGAACCGAACCUGUCCGUUUUCCAGGACAUGAUGGACAAGAUGCUUGUGCUGCCGUCCCAUGAUGGAGGCGACACAGGCUUCCUGAACGCUUUCUUCCCUGACUGGUACCUGUGGCCUCCUGAGCAACGGCUGCCAUUCCGGUAUAAUGCUCUACGGACCAUGUACUGGUUCACACACGCCAACCCUGGGUACUGGGAAUCGGUACAGCCUGUGAAGGCACUUUCGGCAAGCAUAUGCUGGGUGCUGCACUUCUGUUCGUCCCCAAAGCCUUGGGACAAGGAGGCCAAGAAGGGAGAUCUAGAAGCGCUCUGGUGGCAAUACUACUUGAAAUCGCAGAUGCCCUUUUGA